CGCAAAUAUGGCCGCAUAAAAUUAUACAACCGGACGGUGCUCCAAAGGAAGCUCUGCAGAGGUCGUCAGCUAGGGCGGGAACAAAAAUGCAGGGCGGUAUUGUCUAUGGAGGGCUCAAAUACCAGGCUAGAUGCAUCGCCGACGUGAGCGCCGAUACUGACAAUACAAGUUUCCUUGCUGGAACCGUAACCCUCAAAGAAGAAAAUGAGGUGCAUUUCAUCCGACUUUCUCCCUAUGGAACGGAGCUCGUCUGCGAGGGAUUAUUCUACCACCCUAGCGAGAUUUGGGAUCUCAAGUCUUGUCCCUUUGACUCGAGGAUUUUCUCCACGGUCUUCACUUCUGGUGAAACAUACGGCGCAUCUAUUUGGGAGAUCCCAGAAUUGUACGGUCAAUCAAAUGCCCCACAACUAGAGGAACUUGUUUCUCUCAAGGAGCAUGCAUCGAAGCUCAAAUGUAUUCUUUGGUGGCCACGGGGGAGGCACGAUAAAGUGAUUAGCAUUGAUGAGGGAAAUCUUUUCUUAUGGAGCAUAGAUUCUUCUAGUAAAACAGCCAAGGUGUGCAUGGAAUAUUUGGAUCCACUAAAUGUACUUGGUGGUGAAGUUUUUUUUUGGGUUACUUUUUUAGUGGCUGCUGGGAACUUGGGACAGCAAAGUGUGGUCUUCCGGAGCGCUGGACAGCAAGAUAUUCUUGUUGGAAUAAGGGGACAACAAGCAAAACUUCAGGACAGCAGCAGUUUUGACCUUCGACAGGACCUGGACAGCAACCAAACAACAGGAGCAGCAAAUUUGGAUGUGUGGCAGGCUCUGGACAGCAGGUCCACAAGCUUCCAAUCCUGGACUGUAACUCAGUUCAGGGGAAAACAAAUUUUGGCUGAUUCAUUGAAGGGAAUUGAUGUCUUCCUCACAUUGAUUUCAUGGUACCAACAAAAUUGUCCAUGCUUCUUUCUUAGGAAGGCAAAUUCAAUUGAGAAUGCACAUUUCAGAGACGUUGAUUAUAACCCCAAGAAGCAGCAUAUAAUUGUCACUGCAGAGGAUGAAUCAGGGAUUCGUAUUUGGGAUCUCCGAAAGCCCAAGUUUCCUAUGGCUGAGCUUCCUGGGCAUGUACAUUGGACAUGGGCUGUUCGCUACAACCCUGAGUAUGAUGAUCUUAUAUUGACUGCUGGAACAGACUCGGCUGUAAAUUUGUCGAUAAGGCUUUGGAUGUGA